GGAAAUGAGAGUUGAAUAGGUGAUUCAGGGUUUAGGGAAAGAGCAUAUUUUUGUUUUUGCAGACAGUGAUUAAAGGAAAGGUUUUUCUGACAGAAUAGUCAAAAGAAAUCAUAAUAGAAGUAUUGUGGGGUAGGUUUGUUUAGAACAGAAAUUAAAGACCAAAUUUUCUGAGAGAAGGAAAGAACACCUGCAAAUGAAAUGCUGUUCCUGCAGCUUCCGUUGCUAGCAGUUCUCCUCCCAGGUGUUGACAAUAAAGAUGACUUCCAUGAGCCAGCAUCCUUCCGAAUCAUCCAGAUCUCAUCCUUUUACAACCAUUUUUGGAUACAAAAUCUGGGCUCAGGCUGGUUGGGCGAGUUGCAGACUCAUGGGUGGCAGAGCAACUCUGGCAAUAUCAUUUUCCUGUGGCCCUGGUCCAAGGGUAACUUCAGCAAUAAGGAUUUGAUGGAACUGGGAAAGUUAUUUCAUAUGUUCUCCACUGGAUUUCUUCAGGCAUUUUGCAACCAUGCCAGUCAAUGGCGUUUUGAAUAUCCCUUUGAAUUACAGGUGGUAGGAGGUUGUGAUCUGCACUUUGGGAAAGGUUCAGUAGGCUACAUGCGGGUUGCUUAUCAAGGAUCAGAUUUCCUGAGCUUCCAGAGCAAUUCAUGGUUGCCAUCUCUGAAUGGUGGAAGUAAGGCUCAGCAUGUCUGCCGACUAUUCAAUUCAGACCAAAUAACCCUGGAAAUAAUACACAGGCUCCUCAGUGACACCUGUCAACGUUUCCUCUUGGGACUUCUUGAUGCAGGGAAGUCAUAUCUCCAGCGACAAGUAAAGCCAGAGGCCUGGCUGUCCACUGGCCGCAAUCCUGGUCCUGGGCGUUUGAUGCUGAUUUGUCACACUUCUGGCUUCCACCCAAAGUCUAUUUGGGUGAUGUGGAUGAGGGGUGAGCAGGAGCAUCCGGGCACUCAGCGAAGUGACAUCUUGCCCAAUGCUGAUGGGACAUGGUAUCUUCGGGCGUCCUUAGAUGUGCAAGCCACUGAGACAUCUGACCUGUCUUGCCGGGUGAGACACAGCAGUCUAGAAGGCCAGGACAUCAUCCUCUACUGGGAACAUCACAGCUCCAUGGGCUUUAUCUUCUUGAUCUUCUUGAUAUUGCCCCUGGUGCUUCUGACAGGUCUGGCCUUUUGGCUUAGGAAACGUGGGACGCACUGUGAAUUUCCAAGGACAUGUCUCCCUUUGGAAUGAGAUCCCAGCAUUGCAGGGGCUCAAAGAUUAGCCCUGAGCUAACAUCUGCUACCAAUCCUCCUCUUUUUGCUGAGGAUGACUGAUCCUGAGCUAACAUCCAUGCCCAUCUUCCUCUACUUUGUAUGUGGGACGCCUACCACAGCAUGGCUUGCCAAGCGGUGCGAUGUCCGCACCCAGGAUCCGAACUGGUGAACCCCAGGCCGCUGAAUCGGAACGUGUGCUACCCCACCAGGCUGGCCCCUCCUCCCUGUCUUUUUAAUAUUUGUAUCCUUGGCAAAGUCUUACCUGCAUGUAGUAUGUUCUCAAUAAAAACCUGUGUUGAAUUUAUGCCAAA